AUGAAGCAGCGUCUACAAAACCCGCCAACGCCCACCAACUCCUUCUUCGGUCCAAUCUUCGACCGGCGCCACCGGGUCAAGAGGCGGUGGCUUCGCCCAGAGACGACAAGGCGGCGACCCGGUGGCGCCGGGUACAUGGUUCCCAGGUGGGGGAACGCCGGACAACGCCGACGACCAAAGCCGCGCCAACAUUUCCACUGGGGCACCUCUCCACCACCAACAUGGUCGCCAACGUACUGGGAAGCGCUGCCCGCUCUGUGGAUCUUGGUCAAGGACAUGUACGCAAUCACCUUGGCCUUGUUAGAUUUCAACGACGCUCUCAGACGUUUGCUGAAUCUCCACGGAGAACGAUGGCAACGGCUGGAAGGGGAUAAGCUCGCGAGGACCCUGGCGAUAUCCCUGAACAUCUGGUCCUCGUUGGCGCCCAAGAGACUCCUAGGAUUCGCUACGCCAGAGAAAUUUUUCAAAAACGCAACGAUAAAUAAAUAUCCAGAAGUCGUCCGCAAGCUGGCGAGGGCUGAAGCCCGGGUCGUGCUGACAAUGGCGCGCCUGGCAACAAUCGAAGAGUGUGUGUGGUCAGGAGACGCUCUGCUCUUGAUAGCACUGGACAUUUCGGGACCCUUGGUGUCGGGAGUUCGCAGACAAAGAUCACACCCCGACUUUCCCUGGUUCACCGAGCUCGAGGCACAGCAUCGGGGGUUUCUCGCGUUUCGUGCACGCGGCAGGAGGCGGCUGUUCGACACCAUCAGCAAACUCUUGACCCCAAGGUUGAGGGCCCUGGACUACCGAAGGGAUUUUUUCUACUCGGACCUCGAAGCGAAGUUCCUCGAAGCACGUGAAAGUUUUUCUUCAUGGACACCUGGUCUUUCCAAAGUGGCCGAACACCUUUCUGCCCGCUUGCUCACCCAGCCCACCGUCCACAGCGAGGGAGAGAUCUGUCCGAUAUGCCAUGAAAGCUUGAGCAAAGAUCCAAACGCAGAAGACGGGCAGGAAGGGAUGAGACAACUACCGAUACGCACGGAAAGAUGCUGCAAUCGGCCAUACCACGUCUGCUGCCUCCUUGAGUGGUUGGAACAGGAUCUCUAUGUACCCUUCGUGUUCGGAUCGUGCCCAACCUGUCGAGCUCAUUUGAGCUACGACUUUGCGGUUGGUCUCAUGGAAAGAUCUAUUGUCGAGCUGGGAACAUUGUGA